CUAAGCCUUGCAGUGGUUUGGCCGUCGCGGACUAAUUUUUCGCAUACCCCACUUGGAGAAGGGUCUAUUCUUUUGAUUCGAGGAAAGCAUCGUUGGACCAAGUGUGCUCAGAUACUUUUGUUCGAACAUUAUAUCGUGUUUUCUGUGCUUUAUUGGACUCCUCGAAAUCUAAUGGCUGUUUACGCACCUUCACGUCAAAGGCUGACUCGAGCGUGUGCGAAUACAUUUUAGUGAGAACUGCGAUAAAACGAACGUCAACCGGAUUUGAAAGCCCCACUAACACGAUGAGCAUGGUGAUAGACUGGUUGGCAACAAAAACUUUUCUCUUCGUAAAUGUAUGCGAGGAUGCUGUUUAGCUAAUGAAUGUAAUCGUUGCCACCCAGUUUAAAUCGGAAGUGAAGCUAUUUCCUUCAGGAAAAAGGUUGAAAAGUAGCAUUUUGCAUGUGGAGGACAGGAACUUGAAGGUGGAUUGUGUGACUCGGGGGGUAAAAAACAUUUGUACACGGUCUACGCGUUGUGCUUCGUUUCAUCUAUCAGACUCAUUGGAACCACGGGUGAGAAAAUGCGUUUUUUGAGCUCAUUGUUAUGUUGUAAACUUGAAGAAACCCGAGAGAAUACGACUCUGCUUCGUUUGUGGUUUUUCUUUGCUGUCCUUGUUUCAAAUUCAGCCUGUCCUGACAAAUGCGUCUGUUUCACAUCCACGGUCAAAUGUUUGAACCAGGGCUUAUUCGCGGUUCCACAGCCAUUGCCAGCAAACACUAAAACCCUGUUCAUUACUGGGAACAACAUUUCCCAUCUCACAGCUGUGUCUUUCCCUGUGCCCCUUGAGCAGUUAACAGACUUGUAUCUCACAGGAAACCAGGUGGAGCUGGUGGACCACGAUGUAUUCAACAAUUUGCCAAAUCUCAGGUUGCUAGACUUGAGUAACAACAGGAUUCUGCAUUUUAGUGCUCAAGCCUUCUCUGAUUACAACAAACUGCUGGACCUUAACCUCAGCAGGGCUUUUUACAACCAUACUUCCAUGGGUGAGCUCUUCAGUCUGCUACGGAGUGGCGGAGCCCUUCAACUUACCCGCUUAGACCUGUCCAACAAUGACCUGGUGGUCCUCCCUGAGGACAUGUUCUCCCGCCUCUCCAACCUCACCAUCCUCAACCUACAAAACAACUCCCUCAUUUUCAUCCAGAAUGGGACGCUGAGUGUUCCUCGGCUUCGUGAGUUAGACUUGAGGGACAAUGCCCUGAGGGAACUACCCAACACUACACUGAUGGACUUCAGCCUCAAGCCUGGGCUUCAGGUGCAUCUGGCAGGAAACCCUUGGCUCUGUGACUGCAAUAUCGAGGACCUUGUGGCCUGGCUGAAAAGCUCUGAGCAGGUCACAGACAAGCAGAAUAUGACCUGUUCUGACCCUGAGGUUCUGAGGCAAUUACCAUUGCUCCAGAUAAAAGAGUUGGAGUGUACCUUUUCAGGUGAAAUGAAAGGUGUGCUGGAGACCUCGUAUGUCUUUCUAGGCAUGGUGCUGGCCUUGAUUGGAGUGAUCUUUCUGCUGGUCCUCUACCUCAACAGGAAGGGGAUCAAGCGGUGGAUAUACAAUAUUCGGGAUGCCUGCAGGGACCACAUGGAGGGCUACCAUUACAGGUAUGAGAUCAACUCGGACCCCAGGUUGGCCAACCUCAGCCUCAACUCAGACAUUUAAGAGGACUGCUAUGUAAGCCAGGGCCCCACAGUGACUGAGGCAUUAUGACAUGUUAUGAGCAAGAGAUACAGGAGCAACUCUUUAGUUCCGGAGUGCUCCAGCCUGCCUGCAACCCCCUCCAUGGUACUGUCCAGACUUCCACAGCCGUUAUGACGACCCACAAUCUGCCACCACGCAUGCCCUUGGCCCCUGCAACGCAGUGUCUGAUUAUUUGUUUUUACUCCUUUUCAUGCAGUUCCAUGGAUUGAGAACCAUGACUCAGAUGGGGUUUGUGAGUGGGCUCUCUGUAAUAUAAAAUGUUCCCUCCCUUGAGCAAAAAAGGAUGGUACGUAAAACUCUAACUAACAGACUUAUUUUGACUGGUAGUAACUAGGCUAUAUACACACACAUCUAUAUCCUUUCUGCUGGUUAUAUUUGAAUCACAUUUUUUUUUACACUUUCCUCCCACUGUACAGUGUUGCUAUGCUUGUUUAGAUGUCUUUAUUCCUUUUUAAUAUAAUGUGAUUAUUAAAGCACUUGCUAAUUUAUCUCACUGGUAUUGCACUUGUUUGGUGGACAUUAUCAACAUUUUUCAUGAUGUACAGCUGAAUAAAAUGUAAUGCGUUGCUGAA